UGAAUUUAGCACCAUAAACUGUUGGACUACAAGAAAUCCUUGAAAGGCAUAAAUCAAAUUAUACUCAUUUAAACGUGUUAUGUAAAGGCGAUUAAACAAAUAAAUGUGAACGAUGUAAAACGUCUAUACCUAUGGUAAUGUUUAUAGUGAAUAUAUAUUGGGUAUUUUAGGUGUAGUUAUGGAUUACGAACCGGCAUUUUUGAAAUGUAGUUGACCAAAUGUCUGAGGCACACUCCCUUCUAGAGGCAUGCUGGAAAAUAAAUAGUUGCACUAUUUUUCUCUUAGUUUUCCGUCACUUCUUGCAUCAGCCAUAAAUACUUUGCAAAUCACCUGAAUAUCAUUCUACGCACUUUUGGUCUUCUGAAAGUGCAGUUUAUUGCGCCUUUAUUGCACCAGGGCAAUUAAAAAACUGAGUAUUGAAACGAUAAAGUGCUAAAAAGACUGAAAUUAUACCUGUAGCGAUACUGCUCAAUAAAAACACUUGCGGGAUAAUAAAGAAGGUAAAACUUGAAUAAAAAUGGAAAGUCAAAUCGAAGAAAAGCUAGAAAUCAUCCACGACCUGUACAGUCUAAUCACUCCACAUAUUCCUUGUGAUCAAUCAAAAAUCAAAGCCGUACAUUAUUCCAGACUUCGAUAUAUUGACUAUUAUGGGACGACGUUUUUAAGACUAUCGAUCGAACUUGUGAAUACUGCUACUGGCGAGAAUUGGACAUUAAUAGCAAUUGCAAAAAUAUUGCCCAAAUACAGCAUUGCACACGACUUAUCUGAUAUCCGCACUACUUUUAAGAACGAAGUGGGAAUUUAUAUGAGCGCCCGACGUGCCAUCGAUGCCUACCUUAAAGACAAAGGUAUCAGGCAUGGAGAAGACUUUUUUGCUAACAGUUUUGGAGGAAGAAUCAAUCUCAAUGGUACAAACGAAGUGGAUCAUAAUGCGGUCCUUGUCGUCACUGAUCUCAGACAUAGAGGCUAUAAAACGGUUCAUCGCAGAACGGGUUUUGACCUAGAAACUACUCAGGCUAUUCUAACUACCCUUGCAAAGUUCCAUGGGAGUUCUUUGGGAAUGAAGCUGCAAGAACCUAAAGAAUUCAAAGACAAAAUCCUGCCUUAUCUGGGCCAAUUCUGCACGACUGCUUGUUUUGAGAAAGUGGCCCGAAGUCAUAUGAUCCAGGUUUUGAAAAAUGAAAAUUUCUCACCGCUGAUAAUUGAUAGAGCUGUGGCCACCUUUGAUAGAAAGUGCUGCUUGUCGACGCAAGAGCCAUGGUCCACUUUUACACAUACUAAUGCAUGGGUGAAUAACAUAAUGGUGAAGUACGACAAAAACAACUAUCCACAAGAUAUCAGGCUGAAGGGUUUCCAGGAAAGCCAGUAUUGCUCGCCUGUAAGAGAUGUGCUGGUUUUCCUGUUCUCCAGCGUCCAACUAGUCGUUCUGAAAGAACAUCUAAAUGAGCUGUUGGAUGUUUACUAUGACAACUUUUUGAAAGUGCUCGAUAACCUGAAUAUAGACAUUAAGGCCUUUUCGAGGGCCUCAUUUAAUCAGGAACUAAAAGCCUCUGCAUCUACUGGUGAUUUCUAUAAGACUGUUUGCAAACUGUACCCGAUUUUAGGUACAAAUCAAGACAUUUAUGAUAAUCAAGUGGCUUCAGAUCUGAAAGAUCCUCUUCACAUCAAACGAUUGUGCUUAAUAGUUAGACAGUUCGAUGAAAGAGGUUGGUUAAUAUAACAAGCGAAAACAUGCAUGGGUCGUGUAAUUCUAAUAUUGAAAUAUAUUUUGUAACAACUUUAUUAUAUCGUAGUUUCUAGCUGAGAA